ACGGUAUGGAACGAGACCGGACCGUAUCGGCAGUAUCGGCCUCGCUGCUGCUGCUGCUGCUUCUUCUCACUCUUCAUGCGUCUCUCUUCAUCUGUUCCUUGCUCGCAGCACUCGUCAUCACUGUUCAGUUAUACAGAGAUGGCCGUCGCCAAAUCAAUUGGAUCCUGACUCUAGCGGGGAAUCGCAGCCAGCUCAAUGUAGUUCCCCCAGCAGACCCGACAGGGGGUCCAUCGUCCCCUCCGCAGUGGUGGUGGAGAUGGUAUCCACUCCCAACCCUCCAGAAAUCGUGCCUAAUAGUAUUUGACCUGGGGUAUACCUCGGAUCGCGACCAUGGUGCACCAUGACGAGGCGGGGGAAGCGCUACUUCUUUGGUCCUUGCCCGUUGGAUCCCAGCCUGAUCGCCAUUCUUUAGCCGAUUCGGCACGACACUGCCGGCCCUACCAGCCGUCAUGGCGGUUGAUUCGGUCUUCUUUGCGAACCACCAGAGCCCUAGCCUUUUCCCAAGUUAGUGCUACUUACCGGCUUGACUCACUGCGUUGCUUUGGUCGUUCGGCUCUCUGUCUGUGUUUCCCAGGGCUGAAUCCAAAUGGCCCCAGACAGAAAGACGGUCUUCUCAACGUUCUACAGUCACGACCGAUGCCGGCCCCUGGACGUGCUUUGAGUCAUACGCACACGUCAAUUUACUUGAUCGGUCAAGUCAAGAUCUGGGGUAUUGAUGCAUACUCCAUAGUGCCUGAUUCUUGGCCCUCUUCUUCCUUUAUCCUUCCCUAUUUCAGUCUCCAACCCUCUGUUGAUCUUUCAAACACACGUUCAUCCUGAAGAUCCGACUUCUAUAUCCCACAGGAUAUCCCCACCACCCUACCUCGUUCGGUCAAGCUGUCGGCUCCCAGCGCUAAGGGACCGAGUCUUACCAGAUUGACUCGUCC